AAAUGCAUUAACGGAGAUGGGUGCAAACGAAAAUGGAAAGACAAUUCGUUGUUUAGCAUUUUACUUGUGGAUUUUACCAGCCUUUGUGUCAUUAGCAACAUGUAAUGGAGUUAGAAUAUCAAGCAUUGAGCCAACGACGGGUGGAAUUGGAGGGGAUGUUAAAGUGACAAUUUUCGGAUCAGGCUUUUCUGACCAGUUUAGCCUAAACGACGACCCAAACACUGGAAAUGCCGUGUAUCUUAUUAGCUCAAAUGGCAGUGAACAUGCUUGCACGGUACACAGAGAGGGCUCAACACCAAACCAGAUUAUGUUUGAUACACCAAGUGACUUAACGAAUGACGAAAAUCAUUACGUCAAGGUUGUUGUUGAUGGACGUCGUGUCGAUGACAGCGCUUUUUGUGGUGGGAAUCCUACCCAUUGGAACUGCAUAUUCCACCCGGACAUCUCAAAAACGCCACGUAUCUACUCUAUAACACCACAGACUGGUUUAACAGGUACACGAGUGAAAAUACAAGGUCGAAUGUUCACGGAUAGAUAUAGCACUGAUAUAGCUACUGCAUCUAAUGGUAAAACUCAAACUUUACUGAGGGUUUAUGUUGGUCCAGAUUUCUGUGAUUUGUACAAGGACAUCGACAACCUUUAUGGCCUGUCACUGACUGGAGAAAACUCAGACAAUGGCCAGAUAGAAUGUAAAAUUACUGGUUCAACAGUUGGGUUCUUUAAUAUCAGUUACAUCGUUGAACCACCGUAUGGAAGAUCAUUGGCGAAUCCUUACUUGUAUCAUGUUUCAUACAACGAUAAUAUGUAUUUGUACCAAUUAUAUACAGACGUUACACAUAUCAGUCACUCUAUGGGAAGUGUGUUUGGAGGUCUUGUCCUAACGGUAUAUGGCAACCACUUCGACGAUAGACCACCGUAUGCGUUACCAAGAGCUUUUAUAGACGACACUCAUUGUGAGAUAACAGAUGUAUUACCUGGCAUAUAUAUCAAAUGUGUCGUUGCUGCAAAACCAACGUUCUUGAGUUCUAACUUUGAAGGCAACAGAGGUGCCACUCACGAGUACUGGACAAACACUUCAAUUAAUUAUGAUGAUCUAUAUAGCAUCUUGUCGUUAGAUAGUUCAGAUUCUGGCUAUCAUUCAGAGACUCUGGACGAGACCAGAAUGUACUUCGUUGAUGUAGACGGUACCAGGGGUCCACACGUAGGCAGGAUGAGAUUCUAUUUCAAGCCUCCGCACAGCGGAAAAUACAAAAUAUUCUUGACAGCAUAUGAAGCAGCAAAACUCUAUGUUGAUAGUGUUGCAAAGAUAGAAAUAAGGUACUGGCAAGGAUCAGAAAUACUUACACUAGACGAAAAAAAGAAAUACCUUUUCGAGAUUGUACAUCACACAAGCAACAUAUAUUCAUAUAUCAAUCUCAAAGUUAAGUUUUUCAACACAACGUUUACAAACAGUAUGACAGGCAAAGCUGAACAGGAGCGACAGAGAAUACAAAUUAGAUCUACCGUCGUGUACGAUGUACAGGAAUUAGAGUUCGAUAAUGUAUCGCAGCAAAUACACGUCAGGGAAGUACAAAUGGUUGCUAUAGAAACCGCAGGUUUCUUUAGAUUUGGCAUGUUUGGCGUAUACACAGAACCGCUUACCAUAACAAUGACGGACAAUGAAAUCCAAAAUGCAAUCUUGGCGUUACCUGUCUGGGGAGCUGAUGAAACUAUUCAUGUCCAGGGAAUACACACUACGAAAACAACUUACAACAUUACUUUUGACUCUAAAAGAGGCAAUUUUCCUAAUAUGGACGUUGUACCGGUGGAAGACAGUGAUCCAGUAUCAUAUACUGUUACGGAACACACACCCGGAGUCCCCGACCUAGAUACUGUAGCUCUUAUGAUGGAUGGGGUUGUUUCAGAACCAUUUUCUGUAGCGGUACUGAAAGCUGGGAAUAUAAGUCUAGAGAAAAUUAUAGAAGGGGUGUUCACCUCAAAAUGCCCAAAGGAACUGGAAGGACAAGGUCAGCGUUAUAACAGUUUUGAAGACUACUCAAGGGAUUUUCGCGACUAUCGUGUCCGGAACACUGAAGCCUUUUGUGGAAGAUAUGCUCUCAAAAAUCCGUAUGUCAUAUAUAAGAAUGAUGAAGGAUCUCCUCUAUUACAUUAUGGAACGCUCUGCUUUGCGUACAGAGGCUUCUUCAAAAAUAUCAUACGUAUUCUUUAUUCCUGCAAACCGAGUGAGGAAUCAGACUCGGUGUAUUUUUAUUACCACGAAUUCUACCACUUCUUUAAAACUGAUUCAGCCACUGUGUCAGAUACGUGGUACUACACGUGUAUUAACGUGUAUUCAAUCGUAACAAGUGUAAAACCUGGUUAUAUGGCAUAUCGUCUCCGUAAUGUUUAUGUUUAUCGACUUAGUGGUGCUGUUGAAGCAUAUAUUGACUCUGUGUACCUUGGAAUGCGACCAACUACUGAUGACCCAGAUGUUUAUCUUCGGCGCAAACGCCCCGCACAUUAUAGGAAAGCGUUCAUAGACGACAUACAUGUGUCAGCUUUAUCGAAAGGAAAAUUCAGAGUAACGAUAAAGCCACUUGACUGCGGAUAUGACUUUCCACUAUUCCAACUUGCAAAUGUUGAUAAUAUGGAACAGUCGUUCGAAACAACAGGGUAUUACUCAUCCAGUACAACUAAUUCAGUAACAAACUUGACAUCAACAUCAGAUGUUUCAACUCGGAGAUCUGCAUCCACAGCUGCAAGUUUGUCAGCAGAGACGAGUCCAGCAUUCUCUAUGACUGUGAAUGACUCAACAACCCCAAUGCCGUCUUCAACAUUUCUUUCUACAAAUGCAACAGAAUACAGAACUACGCAAAAUUUGUUUAACCACACAUACAGCACCAUGUCAACAAGUGACCUAACUGGCAGCGCUACUUCAACACUAAGCACGCCAUUUGUUCAGAGAUGGCCAGACAUCUUAUCAGUUACAAGAAUUUUAGACGCUUCUCCUCCGGUUUCGGGUUUAAUUGAUAUCAGAUUUAAUGGAAAGGAGAGAAAGGGUUUGAAUGUUUCCUUAACUGCUGCAGAAUUUGUCAAAGAGCUGGAAUCCAUUGAGAAUAUUGGAUAUGUAGAAGUGACUAAGACCAGGGAUUGUGCUAACUUUGAUCUGAUAACAACAUUUUUGUCUCUUGCUGGAGAUCUACCACAAAUGAAGGUAAAUUACAGUCAAUUAAAAGGAAUAAAUGCGUCUGGGACCAUCGUUACAGAUACCGACGGAGGUCUUUACUAUGACCCUCUUAUGGGUGAUACGAUCUCAACAGUACAUAGUUUACCUCAAGUCAGACUUUCUAUCAAUGAUGUUCCAACAGCAUGUUCCGGUGACUGUUCAUUCCAGUGGGAUGCAUCUGUAACACCAGAAGUUAUUGCAGUUAAUCCACAAUCAGGAACAACAGCGUUAUCAACAUCUGUAGUUAUAUCUGGGACAGGUUUCAGUGGCAGCGUCUCUGGUAAUAUUGUGACUAUCGGCGGUGUUGAAUGCACAGUGACUGCAGCUAGGGAUAAUAGUAUAACAUGUGAUGUUGGUAACGGUCCAUUAGGUUCUUAUCCCGUCCUUGUCAAUGUGGAUGGUAAAGGUCAAUCUACCGGAAACGUUCAAUUUACAUAUACUUCAAACAUUACUUCAAUCAGUCCCACAUCUGGAAGCCUAGGAGGCAAGAUAUUUUAA